UAAACCCUAAUACCAUUAGAUAAAUAAAUUUCAGUUAUUCAACUUUUGUGGCAUUAAAGAGAAGUAUCAAUCGCUUAAUUUAGGCAGCAAAAUGGAUAAAAAUGACAAAAAAAACCAUUGUGAUAUUUACCAGGAGGCAUUUAUACCAGAAUCAAACAUGAUAACCCACCGAGACACGAUUCACAAUGAACGAAAAGAUUUCGCAUGUGACAAGUGCGAAAAAAAAUUUGAGUUCCGAAGUCACGUGAGUAGACACCAAAUAUCGGUACACAAAAACUGCAAAGAUUUUUUAUGUGACAAAUGCGAAGAGAAAUUUGUGAGAAAAUCCAGUUUGAUUACGCACCAAAAAUUAGUUCAUACAGAUCGAAAAGAUUUCUCAUGUAACAAGUGCAAGAGAAAAUGCGAAAAUAAAUCAACUUUGCUCAAGCAUAAAAAAAUAUUUCACGAAGUUUUUAAAGAGUACUUAUGUGAAAACUGCGCAAAAAAGUUUAGAAAUAAACGUAGUUGGUUCAUGCACGUAAAAAUAGUACACGAAGGUCGAAAAGAUUACACAUGCGACAAUUGCGAAAGGAAAUUUGGAAUAAAAAGAGAUUUGUUGAGGCAUCAAAAGGCAGUCCAUGAAGGUCGCAAAGAUUACUCAUGUGAAAAAUGCGAGAAGAAAUUUGGAUUUAAAUUCAAUUUGCUUUUCCACCAAAGGACAAUACACGAAGGUCGGAAAGAUUACGCAUGUGACAAAUGUGAGCAAAAAUUUGGCACACGAUGCAAUUUGAUUAGACACCAUAAAUCAAUUCACGAAGGUCGCAAAGAUUAUCCAUGCGACAAUUGUGAGAGGAAAUUUGGACGUAAGGCAGAUUUGUUAAAACACCAAAACACAGUCCACGACGGUCGUAAAGAUUUCGCAUGCGAAAAUUGUGAGAAGAAAUUUGCACACAAAUCGACUUUGCUUUUCCACCAAAAGACAAUACACGAAGGUCGGAAAGAUUACGUAUGCAACAAUUGUGAGAGAAAAUUUGUAAGUAAAAGGAAUUUGUUGAGGCAUCAAAAAACAGCUCACGAGAGUCGCAAAGAUAAUGAAUGCAACAAAUACAAGAAGAAUGAUGAUUGA